UUGCAAGUGUUUAUUUGGAAAUUAUAUUUCCGUUCUUAUGUUGACAAUUGAAGUCAAGAAUUGUGACAUUGUAUGAGUGGAUUUUAUUUACGACUUUUAUUUAUUAUCUAAUGAGUGUUCAGUUACUAUCUAAUGAGAUUUCGUGUCUGUAAAACAGCGGAGGCGAUUAGAGAAUCAGUUUCAUUAUCCCAUGAAUCUCCUUAACUUUUUUACCUAUGAAAAUACAACUAUAAAUAAUGGAAGGUUUAAAAGCGGAAAAAAGGGUUAUGUCAGAAGAUUCUGAUGUAAAACCACGUGAACCUGUUCUAGUGAGGAUUGAUAAGAGUGGUUGUGCUCCUCAUGACAUUCGUAUUGAUAAAAAUGAGUUUCAGAUAGGUCGAGCAAGGGAGAAUGAUGAAAUUAUUUUGGAUACAAUGGUAUCUAGAAAGCAUUGUGUUUUAAGAUGCGAAGGUAAUGAAGAAUGGACCAUUAAAGACACAAGUUCUUCUGCUACAUAUGUUAAUAACAUUCUUCUUACUUCUGGUGUAAGUAAAAGACUGUUUGAUGGAGAUAUUGUACAGUUUAGUACAUCUGAAAAAUUUAAGUACAUAUUCACUCUUGGUACUAAGACUGAGCCUCAGAAUAAGAGACCUAAAUUAGAUGAGAAGAUACUUGACAAUGUUCUUAUAGAACAAAAGACAUUUGUACAAAAUCAAGAAUGUCAAAAGAAAGUUCUUAAAGAUAAAUUGGAAACAAAACAAAAAGAACAAGAUGAUUUAAAGCUGCAGUUGAAAAAACUUUUAAAUCAAGAAGCUAUUACUAAAGAAGACACUGAAGAUCUUAAAACACGAAUUACAGUGUUAGAAAGUAAAAUAGAAUAUGGCAAUGUUCAAGAAAAGCAUUUACGUAAAGUGUAUGCAGAACUGUUAGAAAAGUUAGAAAAUGAAAGGGUUCAAUUUGAAAAACGAUUAAAUGAUGAAAAACAAAAAUGGGAAGAAGCAUUAAAUGUGAGUAAACAGGAAAAAAAAAUGUUAGAAAAGGAAAUGAAAGAACAAAUAGAAAAGUUGAGAGAAGAACAGCAGGCUGAAUGGAAAAAUGCUAUGGAAAGUGUAGUUAAGGAAGAAAAGAAUAUACAAGCUCAAUUACUAAAUGAAAAAACCGUUUUGGAGGAAAAGCUAAAGGAAACAGAAAAAGCCUUAAAGGAAAAAGAAGCUAAAGCAGAAACAACACGAAAUAAUGAUGCAGAUCCUUCUGUGGAGGCAAAUGACAGUAUAAUUUUAGAACUCUUAAAUGAUCGUUCAGAAAAUUAUAUCUUAGAAACAAUAGAUUUAACAACUUCUACUCAGCUUACUGUAGAUACUAAUGAAUCAGAAGAUGUAUUUCAUAAAGUUGGUGAUAUAAUGGAUGAGCAGUUAACUUGCAGUAUAUGUUCAGAAUUGUUUGUUAAAGCAACAACAUUACAUUGUAUGCAUACAUUUUGUGAGCAUUGUAUAAAUUCAUGGAUGAUCAAGAAAAGGGAAUGUCCAGUGUGUAGAACACCAGUGUCCGCAAUGAAUAGGUCAAUAGUUCUUGAUAAUUUUAUUGAUAGAAUGAUAGAAAAUUUACCUGCUCAAUUUAAAGAAAAAAGGAAACAAGUUAUAGAAGAAAGAAGAGCGAUGGAACGAAAAACCAGAAUUUUAAAAAAAUCUGCAGUGAGAAGAAUCAAAAUUUAAUUAACAUUAAUGUAUCUAGGCUAAGAAUAUUUUUCUAAUAGUAUUGUUUUUCGUAAGAAAUGCAUUUUCUUUUAAGUACAAAUCUCUUAAAAAGAUAGAGUAGUGUCAUAUUUUUCACACACUGUUCAUAAUAUGUUACAAAUCUUGUAGAAUAAAACGAUAGAUUGCUUCAGUA